GAAUGUUUCAUAAGAAAAGAAAGUAGAUUAUGCAGUCAUUAGCCUAACUAAUGAUAUUGUUUGGUCUUUUUCUAUAAGCUUUUUCAUUCAAAUUGUUUUUCUUAGCUUGUUAUGCUUUAAUCUUUUUUUUUUUUUGAAACACGCUUGUUAUGCUUUAAUCAUUAUUUAUUUAUAUUAAUAAAAGAGUUUAAAUUACAAUGCCACGUUUUUAAUAUUUAAAUCAGUAUUAAUAUUAAUCGAGGGAAAACAGAAAAAACGUUCAUCACUUGUUUUUUUUUUGGUUGAAAUGUGAAUAUUAUUAAUCAACAAAGGAACAAAAAAAAUACUUACAAUAUCAAGCUCUAAGUCAAGGCCUGCAGAGAAUCUCGAUGGCUUCACAAAAAAAUAAGAGGAGCUUAUCUCAGGGGUUGGAGUCUUAACAGCACAUAUUGAGACCGGGUUGACCAACCGAGCACUUCUUGGCUUCCGUGAAGAACAUGUUUGAAGCGGCAAGCAAGUCGAGUGUUGACUCCUUCAGCAUAUCACCAAUGAUCCAAAUCAUCUAUCAAGAUUCCAACAUAGCAAGAGUAUGAGUUUCACUGACAUAAGAUUUACUACGGCUCUAGCAGCUUCCAGCUAUUUUACACCACACGAACAAAUUUGUUUAUUACCUUAGCUUCUGGUUCGCCCAAUGUGUCUAGACUCUCACAUAGUGUUGCAAUUAUGGACUCUCAUACCUGUACGUUGCUAUGAAUGAUCAAGAUUAAAGAGGGUUAUAGCACUUUAAGUUGCCACAGAAAUAUAAACCGACUUACGUGUUUGGAUAUCUUCUAAAUAUAUCUUUGAUGACUAUGAUGGCCUCUUGAACAACAUAGUUUACUUUGAUCUUGAUCACUCAAGUAAAGCAGCGGUGGUGGGUAGGAUAUAGUAAUUAAGACUGACCCAAACCGGUGGUUUGAACAUUGAAUUUGCUAAUUCGAAUUUUCCGAUUUGGACCUGUACUUUUUUAAGUUUACGCAAAAAAAAAGGGAAAACAAUAAUUUAACCACAAGUUAGGAAGAAUUUUGUGUGAUACUUUCCAAAUUUGUGAGUGUUCCAAAGAAAUAACUUUCUAAAUUUGUGAUAUUUUUAUUUCCUUUACCAUUAAUGUAAAUCUGCAAAUUUUCACAAGUUUCACAUAAUUUUGCUAUUUAAUUAUGGCACAUUAUAUAUUAGCAUCUACGGCAAAAAGGAAACAAAAUCUGUGAAAAUGUAUAUAUUUUUAAUUCGUUUCACAAAAAAAUGGAAACUUUUAAGUCGGUCGACCUUAUAUAAAUCUUCAUAAGUUGUCCCACUUUUUUCGUGACCCUAUCAAAAAAUAAGUUAGAAGAAAAAAGAUGGUUGCAUACAUCAAAAAUAACUUCUUUUUGGUUUUUAUGAUUGUUUUACUUCUUGUUGUUUCAUCAUAUGCAAGAUUUAGUAUGAUGGUUACAAAAGGUGAGGUCGAGUCCAUUUGCAAUAAAAAAGAUGUCGAUUCUACACUCUGUUUUGAGGUUCUAAAACCAAAUCCUACAAUUGCAAAGUUGGAUUUUACUGGUCUCGCCAACUUUUUGAUCAAUUAUACGUCUCGAAACAUUUCGGAUGUAUUGAAGGAAAUAAAGUUGUAUGAAAGCAACACGACGGAUUUGCAGACAAUCAAACUAUGCGAAGAGUUGUAUGACCUUUCUCUUUUUUCGGAUGAUCAUGCUCUGAAAGCUUUGGCAGCCAAGAAUUACGACAGCGUAAACUUUAAAGUCGGAGGUACAUUGGAAAACAUCGUUACGUGCAAUGAGGAAUUGUCAACAAUGAAGCCGGUGCCACAAUCCUUGAUCGCAAAAAAUAAUGUUAUAAAAAAUCUAUCUGGUAUUGUUUUAACUAUUCUCGAAUGUUUCAUAAGAAAAGGUAGUAGAUUAUGUAGUCAUUAGCCUAACUAAGGAUAUUGUUUGGUCUUUUUCUACAAGUCUUUUCAUUCAAAUUGUUUUUCUUAGCUUGUUAUGCUUUAAUCAUUAUUUAUUUAUAUUAAUAAAAUAGUUUUAAGUGACAAUUCCAUUUUUUAAUAUUUAAAUCAGUAUUAACAUCAAUGAAGGAAAACAAAAAGAACGUUCAUCACUUGUUUCUUUUUUUGGUGAAGAACGUUCAUCACUUGGUUAAUAUUGUAAAACUCAAAGUCAAGGCCUGCAGAGAAUCUCGAUGGCUUCACACAAAAAAAAAAAGAGGAGCUUAUCUCAGGGGUUGGAGUCUUGACUGCAGAUAUUGAGACCGGGUUGACCAACCGAGCACUUCUUGGCUUCCGUGAAGAACAUGUUUGAAGGGGCAAGCAAGUCGAGUGUUGACUCCUUCAGCAUAUCACCAAUGAUCCAAAUCAUCUAUCAAGAUUCCAACAUAGCAAGAGUAUGAGUUUCACUGACAUAAGAUUUACUACGGCUCUAGCAGCUUCCAGCUAUUUUACACCACACGAACAAAUUUGUUUAUUACCUUAGCUUCUGGUUCGCCCAAUGUGUCUAGACUCUCACAUAGUGUUGCAAUUAUGGACUCUCAUACCUGUACGUUGCGAUUAAAGAAGGUUACAGCACUUUAAGUUGCCACAGAAAGAUAAACCGACUUACAUGUUUGGAUAUCUUGUAAAUAUAUCUUUGAUGACUAUAAUGGCCUCUUGAACAACAUAGUUGACUUUGAUCUUGAUCACUCAAGUAAAGCAGCACUGAUGCAGCGUUCAGCUCCUCUUUCUAGUUUGAUGGCACUAUUGCACGAACAGCCUUCGCGAACAAAAUCAACAUCUACUUCCGUGGCAUACUCUUUGAACUCCAGAAGAACCUACAUUAGCAAUAGUGCAUAAUCAAAAAUCAAGAACCGCAAAGGCACGUGGUUGACAGUUUACAAAGAAGCUUAAGUUUUUUUUUUCUUUCUGUUUGGUUAGGAAACUAAAACGAGAAAGAGGAAGUAUUUGGAACUGUGGCUCGU